AUGCUCCUCAACAGAGACGAAUUCGACAACGGUAUCCCCUCAAUCACAGCACCAUGGCCAACUCAAGACAUCAUCUACGUCGCCAUCAUUGGGAGUUUCAUGCUUGUUGCCCUGCUCGAAUGGAUGCUCUGGCUUCUCGCGUUCCUCUAUUGCCUCGUCAAAGUCUACCAAAAAGCCACAGGUGAAGGAAAAUGUGCGAUCCGCAUCUUGUGCGUCUUGAACAUGAUAUUCUUCGUCGGCAUGCGCUGCAUUUUCCUGCCGGUCAUGGUUGUCACUUUACCGCUGCCUGCUCAAGUCGUUCAGUAUUUCCCUCAGCAGAUGGUCUCGAUUCUGCAAUGGUUUGCUUUCUGGUCAUUCGCCGGCCUCCUCACAGUCCCCUGGCUUUUCUGCGUCUAUCAACUCGUCACGCACGAUAUGGGACGCCAUCAGAAGAUUAAGACGGUGCUUGAUGAGUAUUCCGCACCCAAAGUCGUCAUCAUCAUGCCUUGCUACAACGAAGAACCUGGGAUCCUCAUACGAACCGUCGACUCCAUCGUCGAUUGCGAGUACCCACCAUCUUGUCUACACAUUUUCCUAUCCUUCGACGGCGAUGCUGAAAACGAGCUCUACCUACGUACAAUCGAAAAUCUCGGCGUACCUCUCUCCCUCGAAACGUUUCCCAAGAGCAUUGACGUCAAAUAUCGAAGAUGUCGAAUCACAGUGUCUCGAUUUCCUCACGGCGGCAAGAGGAGCUGUCAAAAAAAGUCAUUCAAGCUCAUUGAUAAAGUGUACGCCGAGUACAUCCGGCGAAACGAUGAUCUCUUCCUGCUCUUCAUCGAUUCAGACUGUAUCCUCGACAAGUACUGCAUUCAAAACUUCAUGUAUGAGAUGGAGCUCAAGCCAGGGAGUAAACAUGAUAUGCUGGCGAUGACGGGCGUGAUCACUUCAACAACGACGACGAAUACACUCCUCACAGUCCUGCAGGAUAUGGAAUACAUACAUGGCCAGCUGUUUGAGCGCUCUGUAGAAUCCGGAUGCGGUGCCGUGACCUGCCUCCCUGGCGCACUCACGAUCCUGCGCUUCUCCGCGUUCCGCAAAAUGGCCAAAUACUACUUUGCAGAUAAAGCAGAGCAAUGCGACGAUUUGUUCGACUACGGGAAAUGUCAUCUCGGGGAAGAUCGUUGGCUGACACAUCUUUUCAUGAUUGGCGCCCAAAAGAGAUACCAGAUACAAAUGAAUACAGGCGCAUUCUGCAAGACCGAAGCAGUCCAAACAUUCAAGAGCCUGCUCAAGCAGAGACGAAGGUGGUUUCUGGGCUUCAUCACCAACGAAGUGUGCAUGCUGACGGAUAUACGUUUGUGGAAGCGAUACCCACUGCUGCUAUUGUUACGUCUUGCUCAGAACACGAUCAGAACUACUGCGCUGCUCUUCUUCAUCAUGGUUGUGUCUCUCCUAACGACAUCGCAGAAGAUAGCAAACCUGCCCGUGGGCUUCAUUGCUGUAUCACUCGGCCUCAAUUGGGUGUUGAUGCUAUACUUUGGCGCGAAGCUGGGUCGCUACAAAAUCAUGCUGUACCCGCUCAUGUUCGUCAUCAAUCCAUUCUUCAAUUGGAUCUACAUGGUUUACGGCAUAUUUACAGCAGGUCAGCGAACAUGGGGUGGCCCUCGUGCUGAUGCUGGAAAAGUCGAUGUCCUGACGACUGUUGGCGAGGUCAUCGCAGAAGCCGAAGCACAAGGAGAUGAGCUGAAUGUUGUGCCAGAGACCUUUCGUCCCGACAAACAUCAUGACCCUGUGCCAUUACUGCCUUCUGAUCAUCUCGUCGGUCGUUUCGCGCCUGCAAGUGAGCUGUCCGGUGGCUGGUUCCGACAAAGCAACGAUUCUGGUGUACUUCGAGCAGACAUGACGCCUCGUGAACGAGAAGCAGUCAGGUACCUUCAGGCCAAGAAUGGCCGCCCGCUGAGUGAAGAGUCGAAUCGCUCGCGAGACAGCUCGUGUGACGGAGUGACGACGCCUCGUCGCGUCGAGAGCAUCUUCGGACAAGAGGACGCUGCCUUGUACCGUGAUCAGCAAGCCCUGCAUCGCCCGGCUGGUGGUGCAUUCCUCGAAGAACAAGACGAUCCCGUGGUACUUAGCAGAACGGCACAUCAUCACCGUCACCAGUCUACUGCUUCGGCAGCAUCGGAUUCGUCUGUCUCCAUGCACUUUGGCUUUCCAGCGGCUUCCCACCAUGCGAGUUCGUCAGACCCCAGCUUCUCAGCCGGCGCGCCGUACCCGCAAGGCUUCCCUACCUCCAGAAAACACUACUCGAGUGACGAAUACGCUUCGGAGCCGUCCUCGAACAGAUUGCUACAAACGCCAAAGACUACGGCCUCGCGCAUGGGCCGCAGCCCUCUAGCUCGCAAAAGCUUCACUCGGUCCGCUGGCGAAGAAUUUGAAAUGACCACCAGAAGAUCGCCUACGGCCAUGGCAGCCGAGCAGAUGACCCUUCCAGCGCAACCUGUUGAGAAAAAUACGAUGGACAUCAGCGAUGUGACUGAAGCGGAGGCUUCGGGAUCUACGGUGGAGGAAGUAGAACGUGGGCGCAGGAGAACACCGAGGAAAUUGAUGAAGAAGAGAAAGGAGAGGAACAGCUGGACUUCGAAAUGA